GUUGCCUUCUUCGACUCUCCGGAUGCGGGCUCAGUCACCACACAGGCAACUACAAAUGCCAACAAUGUCAACAACGGUAUCUCGGAGAAACUGACUUUGACUUUGCAAGGCAUUUCCACCUUUGUGCGUACACCCGAACGCAGAACCAUCAUACUUAUAAAUGCUAAACCAGGGUUUCAUUUAGGUGACGGCUUUCAUUGUAGCGUUUGCGGUGCAAUGGAAGCUAACGCUGAUCGUAAUAUGCAUUGUACCCACCAUUCUGAUUGUCACUACUAUCUGUGUCGGUAUAGAUACGAAGCAAGAAGCAGCAAUGCUUUCGGUAUACGCCAAAGCCGGUCAACUCGCUGAGGAGGUAUUCGCAACCAUACGGACUGUCCAUGCCUUCUGGCUCCACCCACUCCUAACGCAGAAGUACGACUCUCUGCUGAUCGAUGCGAAACGACUCGGAAUGAGAAAGUCACCCAAUUAUGCUGUGCUCUUCUCGGCUGAGUUUUUUUGCGUGUACAGCGGCUAUGGCUUAGCUUUCUGGCAAGGCAUACGCAUGUAUUUCAGAGGACAGAUUAAAGACUCUGGAGACGUCUUCACUGUUAUCCUCGCGGUCGCGCUCGCCGCCACAGCCUUGACUUCCGUUGCUCCUCAGAUACUCACCCUCACGAAAGCUUCAUCGGCAGCCGCUGAGAUGUUUCGUAUGAUCGAUCGCAAGUCGGAGAUUGAUCCGCUCUCCGAAGAGGGUAUCAUACCGAGCCAGUGUACGGGACAUAUCGAUAUUCAAGACGUCCAUUUUGCAUACCCCACACGACCGGAUGUACCCAUCCUCAAAGGUUUGAGCCUCUCCAUACCCGCCAAGACGACGUGUGCAAUCGUGGGUCCAUCCGGAUGUGGGAAAUCAACCAUUAUCGGCUUACUGGAACGGUGGUACGAUCAAGCAAGUGGCACCGUACUUCUAGAUGGCGUCGACAUCCGAAAGCUGAACGUGAGAUGGCUGCGGACUCAAAUGCGACUUGUGCAGCAGGAACCGGUACUGUUCAGCGGCACUGUCUACGAAAAUGUUGCUCUGGGACUAUGGGGCACGGAAAAGGCGGGUCUUCCGGAAGCAGAACAACGUGCACUGGUCGAGCGGGCCUGCAAGGAGGCGUAUGCCGACGAGUUCAUUGAACGGCUUCCAAAGGGUUACGACACUCAAGUGGGUGAACGGGCAAUGAUGCUCAGUGGAGGUCAGAAGCAGAGGAUGGCCAUUGCUCGCUCAAUCGUUUCCGACCCGAAAGUCCUACUCCUGGACGAAGCGACCAGCGCCCUUGAUCCGAAAGCAGAGAAGAUAGUACAGAUGGCUCUUGACCAGGUUUCAGAGAAACGGACAGUUAUCAGCAUCUCGCACAAGUGCUCCACCGUUCGAAAUGCCGACAAUAUUGCAGUCAUCUCAGGCGGUGUCAUCAUCGAGCAAGGCGGGCAUAGCGAUUUGAUGGAAGCCAACGGAGCUUAUGCUCGUUUGGUGAAGGCACAAGAUCUUGGAGACGGAGAUGAGGACCGCCAUGAUAUCAACGCAGAUGGCAAAGAGGAUACCCUGGUUCGUACCCAUACUCAGGCAACCUCAGUACACGGCGAAGGCCAGGUCACAGUGGAGGGUGGGAAGAAGCCAAACCAUAGUCUGCUUAAGUGCAUCGCCAUUGUCUUUUGGGAACAACGGUAUCUAUGGCACUGGUUCCUCGUUCUCGCAAUUGCUUCCGCCCUGGGAGGGCUCACUUUUCCGGCGCAAGCAAUCCUCUUUGCAAAAGUCGCCCAAGCCUUCGAGCUCCCACCUCAUCGUGCGCAAUCCCAGGGAGACUUUUAUUCCCUGAUGUUCUUCACAGUAGCUUUGGGGAAUAUCGCCGUCUACGGGACCAUAGGUUGGGGAAGCAAUAUCAUCGCUCAAAAUGUCUCCAGGAGAUAUAGAAAGGAGAUCUUCGAGCUCAUACUUAAACAAGACAUGGACUUUUUCGACAACACAGAAAACGCCUCCGGGGCGCUUGCAUCGAAUCUCUCCGUAUACCCAAACAAUCUGGUCGAAUUAUUGGGCUUUAACGUCAUGCUCAUAUUCAUCAACGUCGUCAACGUGGUGUCAAGCUCGAUUCUGGCACUGAUUGUCGGAUGGAAACUUGGCUUAGCCGUCGUUUUCGGUGCGCUGCCACCCUUAAUUCUUUCCGGUUACGUGCGCAUACGGCUCGAGUAUAAGCUGGAAGAACAAACUACCAAAAGGUUUUCCCAGAGUGCUGCUCUUGCCGCUGAAGCCGUUUCGGCCAUACGGACGGUGUCCUCGCUCGCUCUUGAGAGACAGAUCCUGGAACAAUACGAAAAUCGUCUCCAUGGUGUUGCAAAACGAUCCAUGAAAAGCCUGACCUGGACCAUGUUCUGGUACUCGUUGACUCAGUCGAUAUCGUUUCUCGCAAUGGCGCUUGGCUUUUGGUACGGUGGGAGACUCAUCAGUUAUGGCGAAUACACUACACUGCAAUUCUUCAUGGUAUUCAUUGCCGUAAUCUUCUCAGGAGAGGCGGCAGCAGCUUUCUUCUCGUACUCGACAAGCAUGACAAAGGCUCAAACAGCGGCCAACUAUGUCUUCUGGCUUCGGGGCCUCAAGCCGGCGGUAGAGGAAGACUCAUCGAAACCGCCGCAUAGGGACGAGAAAGGAGGAGAGGGGCCUGCUGACAUUGCUGUCGAUGACCUGACUUUCAGCUACAAGAGCCGCCCUAAUACCAAAGUGCUAGAGGGUAUUUGUGUGGAUGCUCCACCGGGCAAGUUUCUGGCUAUGGUUGGUGCUUCCGGGUGCGGCAAAUCUACAAUGAUUGCUCUGCUGGAGCGCUUCUAUGACCCCACAUCAGGGCGCAUAACCUGCGACGACCGUGACCUCAUUGACCUCUGUCCGCGCAAGUACCGAAAUCGCAUUGCUCUAGUUCAGCAAGAACCUGUCCUAUACCAGGGCUCUAUCCGUGACAACAUCGCAAUGGGACUUGGAGGUGAUGCCACACAUGCUCAGGUCGAAGAUGCGGCCCGCCAGUCGAAUAUCUACGAGUUUGUUACCUCUCUACCCGAAGGUUUUGGCACACAGUGUGGCACUCGUGGGACUCAGUUGUCUGGUGGUCAGAAGCAGCGAAUCGCGAUUGCCCGAGCUCUCAUUCGACAGCCGCGGUUGUUGCUCCUUGAUGAGGCCACGUCGGCGUUGGAUACUGAGUCGGAAAGAGUCGUGCAGGCGGCGUUAGAGAGGGCACAAUCGGGGAGAACCACGAUAGCGGUCGCGCAUCGUCUCAGUACGAUCAAGGAUGCCGAUACCAUUGUCGUGUUCGCGAAGGGCAAGAUCGCAGAGAUGGGCACCCACGCUCAACUGCUUGCAAAGAGGGGAAUGUAUUAUGAGAUGUGCCUUGGACAGAGUUUGGACAAAGGCAUCCAAGCAUGAGCGGAGGAUGGGCCCUGGGCCGGGGAACACACCUCCAUUGACCCCGCUUGUAGGUCGCCGUUUCAUUAUGUUUUCGUAGGUUAGAGUUGUAUACUGUUCUGUAUUAGGAAUAUCCAAUAGAUCCAGGCAAUGGACUGUCCUCCAGCCCUAUCAGUCUCAAUGCGGACCCUUCGACAGCCGACUGACAGCCGACUGACCUGCAAUGCGCCAUGUUCCAGGACUGUUCCAUGCCGGAGAAUCGCUUGGUAAGCUUGACGGGAGCGGCAUGAAUUUCAGACUGUCCGAAGCUUCAAAUCUUUGGAACGGGAAGUGCCCGGAGGGAAUUACUUUGUAGCUCCACUUCUUUUCCAAGUCUUCGUCAGUAAUAGCAUCCUCAAAAAUUCCCCAGCGGGAUGACGACUAGAUCCGCAUGCAACAUGAAACAAAUGUUUAGGGCCUGUUCGGUGUCCAGUUCCAUUUCUCCUCAGAAGGGUACAGGGGCCCUAGACAAUACGCA